AUGCUUUCGCUCAACAUGUCUGCUGGCCCAGCAUGUUCGUCUCCAAGCCAUAGAAAAACAUCGCACCAUACCCCCUCGCCAGUAAGCUUUCUCAGACAAAAAAGCACGUCCUCCUCUGUCUCAUCCAUCAAGCUUGGUCCUCCGCCCUUCUUCCGAUCCCCAAGAAAUCCGAGCGAUCAUGAAGUCUCGUCUGUUUCAUCGCGGUCCUCCAUGCUUUCAUACACACAGCGCACCUCAAGUGUUUCGUCAGGACAAUGCUCGCCGUACAACAGACCUAGUGUGGUCACAAGCUCAUCGAUCGACAGGAAGAGGUCAAAGAUAUCCUUUGACGAGAACUGCUGCUUCUGCGAAGAGCCUCUCUUGAAUGUCUUUGAGGGCGAGACACUGCUGGACAUGUCAUGCGGCCACCAUUGUCAUUUUGAGUGCUAUUCUGAGCUUUUCAGCUCUCCAAGCGGAGAUAGAACUGCAGUCUACUGCCCGAUCUGCGGCACUUCCAACACUUGCAACGACGACGAGAUCAACGAUAGUAUUAUCAGAAACAGACUCUUGUCAUCCAGCUCUUGCGAGUUCAACCAGGACAUUUUUGCAUCCACGCCUGCUACUCUGAGAAACCAGAUCACGCCUCUGGCCCCGUUCCCGGACCCACUGGCUCCCGCCACUCCAGUUCUGUCCUCUUUCCCGGAAUUUCCGCCACCGUCGCCAAAAACACAACCUCUAUUCUUUGACUCGCCAAUCAUUAGCACGUUUCCUUCCACGAUUUCCGCAACCCCUUAUGCGUCCGCCUUCCCAGCCGGAUCUUUGGCUGAGGCUAAAAUUGAGAUCAUACCUGAAUUUUCAAAGAUCAUUCUCGCCAACGAGCAUGCAAUUCCAAAAUACUACGAUCUUUCCUGCGUCCUCAAUAUAAAAUCUCUAGACUACGAGCCUUCCUUGUCGGAGCUUCCUGAAGAUCGCAAGAAUAGAGAAUGGGACAGGAAGCAGGAGAUCGCAAAGGAGGUAAUCCACAACUUUGAGUCGAGGCUGCGUCCAGAUUCAGAGCUGGACGUUGCAAAGCUUGGCCACCUCGUGCUGUUUGAUAUUUUUGUCAGUGUUUCAAUCGACGGCAACAGCUACCACCAUCCACAGGUGUACUUCUUUGACCGGCGGCUUCUGAUUCUCACCGAAUCUGGAAAUGAGCUCAUUCAGAACAUUUAUAUCAUGGACAAGCUAUCCACCGUGUUUGAUGACGAGUCCAAGCUGGAAAUCACGCUAAAUCUUGCCAGCUUGAGCGUCCCUGAUGUUGAACUGAAGAGCGAGAAUAAGCUUAUUCACGACAAAUGGCUGAAAAUGCUAUCAAGGGUUGUAAGAAGAGCACAACGGCAGCCUCGUGCAAAUGCCAAUAAUCCGUUUGUCGCCGACAAUCCUUUUGAAGACAGGGAGUUUGGUCCAUCCAAUCUUUUUUCCAAAGACUCGCUGUCCUUGUCAAGGGAGGUGCCGUUAAUCCAAAUGUCCACCAACGCAUGGGGCCUGUUGGAACGAAACGAAAAGGUCAUUCCAGAAGAGGUGCUAAAGUUCAACAAGCUUGUUUCCAAAGGAUUGGACCUGCCAUUGGGAUUUGUCAAACGGCAGGUUUCAAAACCUGACUCUGACCCUCUGAUUCUUAUUCUGGUGGUUCCGAUGGUGAACAACGGAAACAGUUGUUUGGACGAUGCGGACUAUACCUCUGAGAUCCGCCAACUAAUCACCCAGACUCUCGAAAGUUUGCAACUAGAAGACAAGCUUGGACUUGUUUUUCUAGGCAACAAACGUCCUGAGUCGCUUUUGGGCAACUACUACGGAUGUAUGUCACCGCAUUGGGAAGGGUGGUCCGAGGUGAUUUCCAACAUCGAGUGCUAUACUUCCGCUGCUGGAGACGAAGUGCAGAACUCUGACUACAACAUGUGGCAGGAUGGCUUGAAGUAUGUUUCUCUUCUUGCAACCACGAGCUUUCCGAAGACAGGACCACAUAUUCAUGAAAUCAUCUUCAUUAAUACCGAACGCGUCAAGACUGUCCACUACUUUGAGGAGAAUACUACUGUCGAUCGCUUGUGGGGACGUUACAACAGGAAACCGCAGAAGAGUGUUAGCGAAAUGGUCACAACGCUCUGCGACGAACAUUGCGCAACGUUCCAUUCUGUCUCGCUGUUUGAUGAGUACGCCUACCAUCCUCAGGAAUUGUUGGACCACUAUCAUGGAAUCAUGGGUUCAUCCAAAACACACGUCAGACGCAGCGUGGAGCACCAUCUGGCUUUGGAUUUCGACAAUCUGCAGCUUCUCAUCAAGCGACUGGUUAGCCAGUUCCACAACGUCUCCAUUUCUCAGCUUCGAACGCGGAUUGAGGUCUGUGAGGGCGUGAGGGUGACGGAGAUCGAGAGACACGGGCAGCUGGAAGCGGCAGACUUGAGGGGUUUGUUUGAGGUUGUCAACCUCAACAACGUCCCGAGCAGUUUUGAGAAGUCCACCAUGAUGAACGUGCGCAUCGACCUGAGCUCGUUCACGGUGGAGGAGCUCAAACAUGGACUCAAGGUCGAUCUACUGAAAACGGUCACCAGCAUCGACGUUCACUCCGGAAGAAAACAGUUCAGCGGCGUGGCGAGCAUCAGGAUGUCGCUGGACAACGCAGUCUCGAACGCGGCGACAAUGCCGCUGAACUUGCUGGUGACGAACCCGGGGCUCGAGAAGGCGCAGUUCAGUCUUCCUAUUGUUGCGCGUCUUUCUGCGGUGAAGGACGCAGUCUUUGUGAAGCGGCAGAUCGAGCUGCUGAUCAACGGCGUCUUGCUGUCUGAGGUGUUCAGCAAGAAGACGUACGGCCACAGCUCGAAGGAGGAGAUCCGCGCGGCGCUCAAGAACAUGAUGAACAAGGUCUGGGAGCUGGUCAAGUCGUGCAACAGCUCGAACACCAGCAACAUGCGGACCAUCGAGGAGUGGUCCGAGACGCUCAACGACGAGGUCCAGCAGAUCAUCGACGGCUACUCCAUGAGAAACUACAACCUGAGCAACUACUGCUGUGUAGCCAAGUACCUCGAAUUUAUUUAG